UGAACGUCUCUUCUCAACGCCAUUUUGUCAGCAGGCUGUGAUGAUUGGGUUUUUGAGGUUUGUUCUGGAGCCAAUCAGAAGGGAACCGGACAGCUGAGAAACGAUCAGUGAACCUGGUGAGAGAAAUGGAGCAGUACACCUCCACAAGCAGUGGGGAGCAGAUAGUAGUACAGGCAGCGAAUGGACAGAUCCAGCAGCAGGCACAGGGCACUGUCACAGCUGUACAGCUGCAGACCGAAGCACCUGUUGCUACAGCAGCCAGUCAGCAAGUGCAGACGCUCCAGGUAGUCCAAGGCCAACCGCUGAUGGUGCAGGUGAGUGGAGGUCAGCUGAUCACCUCCUCGGGCCAGCCCAUCAUGGUCCAGGCCAUGUCUGGAGGCCAGGGCCAGACCAUUAUGCAGGUGCCUGUCUCUGGAACGCAGGGCUUGCAGCAGAUCCAGUUGGUGCAGCCGGGGCAGAUCCAGCUGCAGGGAGGGCAGACACUGCAGCUGCAGGGGCAGCAGGGUCAGGCCCAGCAGAUCAUCAUCCAGCAGCCGCAGACCGCCAUUACUGCAGGACAGAACCAGGGCCAGCAGAUUGCAGUCCAGGGCCAGCAGGUUGCUCAGACUGCUGAAGGCCAGACCAUCGUGUACCAGCCUGUGAAUGCAGAUGGCACUGUUCUGCAACAGGGAAUGAUCACAAUCCCUGCAGGCACGCUAUCUGGCACGCAGAUCGUUCAGGCAGCAGGGGGCGCCAACACUUCUACCACCAACAGUGGACAAGGCACAGUCACCGUCACGCUGCCAGUGUCUGGCAAUGUGGUCAGUGCAGGAGGGAUGGUCAUGAUGGUGCCUGGUGGAGGAGGCACAGUACCCACCAUCCAACGAAUCCCUCUGCCUGGUGCUGAGAUGCUGGAGGAGGAGCCACUCUAUGUCAAUGCCAAACAGUACCACCGCAUCUUAAAAAGAAGACAAGCGCGUGCCAAACUGGAGGCUGAGGGCAAGAUUCCUAAAGAGAGGAGAAAAUACCUACAUGAGUCAAGGCACAGGCAUGCCAUGCAGAGAAAGCGGGGCGAUGGCGGCCGCUUCUUUUCACCAAAGGAUAAAGAAGAAAUGGCUCUAGCCAUGCAGGAGCAGCAGGAGCAGAAUCAAGCAACAGAAGAGACAGUGGCCCAGAUGAUACGGGUAUCGUAGCAGCAAACUGCAUCUUUUAAAAAAAAAAAAAAGUGUACAUCCCUUCGAAAUGCAACUGUAGAUCUACAGGGUCGGUCUCUCUUCUCUGUCGUUUUUCCAUUAGCACUAGUGACAACAUGAACUUUUUUUUUUUUAAAGGCUAGUGAACAUACUGUGCUGUACUUAAAAGGUGUGAGGUGACCAUCAAGGACACGAGCUUGCAUAAUGUGAUGUCUUCCUGAUAUUAAACCAUUGAACAAAAAUGUACAGUGACCCUUUUAUAUAUGAUUAUUUUACAGUAGUUUAGUUUUAUAAUUUCAUCUGGUGUCUUUUCAUAAUUUUAAAUGUUAGGAUGGUGAAUCUGUAACAUAGUGCAAUUUUUUUUUUUUAAAUAUUUAAAGUUUUAGUGCAAGAUCACUUAUUUAACAAUUAUUCGCUAAAGGUGACGUGAAUAUGGGUGAAUAAUAACCAGGACGAAGUCGAGGUUGAUAUUCACUGAGCCUGAGGCGGAUGAUUGUUUUAGUAUAAAUACGCAGGUGAUUUUUUUUUUUUUUUUAAAUUUAAAAAAAAAAUCAUAUUCAAAUUUUUUCUUCCAAUCUUCAAAAGCGGCAUGCAAAUGUAAUACAGGCGUGCACAGGCUUGUCACUUAUCUAUGCUGAGUCACAUAAAAUACUUUGUUUUGAAGUGGACAAAAUAAAUCACAAUUCCACCUUACCUUUUGAAUAAUCUUAGACUAAACUUUGUAGCAUCUUUUGGUGCUUUUAGGAACAGUUUUCUUUCAUUUAUAAUUCCUCUUCACUUACGGUAAUGAAGCAAUCGGCUACCGUUUUGCAGAGUUGGUCGAGAAAUUGACUUUCUCGAUAAUCAGCACGUGGUUUCCUGUAAUCACCUUCGUAUUUAUACUAAAUUAUAUUAACUGAAAAUUGUGUGUAGCUUUUUUUUUCGUCUCUCAGUGGGACAAUUUUGCAAAUUAUUCAGUUCAUCAGGGGAUUUCUGAUUCUAAGGCUCUCAGCCUUGUACAUUAUUUCUUUGUAAUGUGAAGACUUUGUAACUUUCAAGUUUUGAUAUUACCAGGAUUUGUAAUUUGAGAGGUUUUUUUGUAGUGACUGUUAGCCAGUAUGCCUGCACUACAUGUCUUCCCUUUUCACUUAAAUGACCCUGUUAUCAUGGCAGGCAAAUGUAUGUUCUUUUGAUGAAUGAUGUUUAACACUAAAGUCUUUUCAGAUAAUGAAAUUUUGAUUAAAUUAUGCAGUGGCACAUGUGCA